ACGUCCCGCCCCCAUCAGUCCCUCACAUCCUCCAGAUCUGCUCGGUCGGACCCUAGCUAACUGCAGAGCCGGGCCGCUAUCCCCGACGUUCCGACCUGGCGAUGGCGUCCCCGCUGCCCCUGCUCUGUCUCUGCGUAGUCGGAGGGUACCUGGCGGGAGCGCGAGACGCCACCCUGGCCAAGGAGCCCAGCGCGGCAGCCUGGAGUCUGCAAGGACCGGCACCAAACCCCGCCCAGCCCUCGUCAGCCCUGGAGGACUGGGACGAGGCCAGCGAGUGGACGUCCUGGUUCAACGUGGACCACCCGGGAGGAGACGGCGACUUCGAGAGCCUAGCCGCCGUCCGCUUCUACUACGGGCCGGCGCGCGUAUGUCCGCGGCCACUGGCGCUGGAGGCGCGCACCACCGACUGGGCGCUGCCGGCCGCCGUGGGCGAGCGCAUACACUCCGACCCCACGCGCGGUUUCUGGUGCCUCAACCGCGAGCAGCCGCGCGGCCGCCGCUGCUCCAACUACCACGUGCGCUUCCGCUGCCCUCUGGAGGCCUCGUGGGGAGCGUGGGGCCCGUGGAGUCUCUGCUCCAAGAGCUGCGGGCCAGGCCGUCGCUUGCGGCGCCGUAGCUGUCAAGGCUCGUCUGGGGAUGCCUGUUUAGGGAGCCCCCAGGAAGCUCAGAAGUGUGUGCGGCCUCGAUGCCCAGGGUGUAGCUCUGACACCUGUGGGUGUCCUGAUGACAUCCUCUUGGGCUCAGUGGUCACCCCAUCUGGGCGACCGCUACCAGGAGCCAGGGUCUCCUUACGAACCCGACCUGGCACCAUAGCUACCAGUGAUGCCCAUGGAAAUUUCCGGGUGUCUGGAGUCUGCGCUGGCAGCCAGGCCAAUGUCAGCGCCCAGAUGGAUGGGUUCUCUGCAGGCAUGGCCCGGGCCCAUGCCAAUGGCUCCAAUUCUGCUGUGGUCACCAUUGUCCUUGAAAAGUUAGGGAAGCCAUACCUGGUAAAGCACCCUGAGUCCCAGGUUCAAGAGACUGGUCAGAAUGUGACUUUUUGCUGCAAGGCCUCGGGAACUCCCAUGCCCAAGAAGUAUUCCUGGUUUCACAAUGGAACCCUGUUGGACAGACGCAAAUAUGGGUCUGGGCCGUACCUGGAGCUCUCAGGGCUUCGUGAGGACCAGGCUGGAGAGUACCACUGCAAAGCGUGGAACGAGGCAGGUGCUGUGCGCUCCCGCACUGCCCUGCUCACGGUGCUUGCACCCGGUUGGCCGGCCUGCGACCCCCGACCUCUGGUACACUUGAUCAAGCUUCCAGAUGACUGCAGCCAGCCCGGCGGUGGCCCUGAGUAUCUGGACGUGGGCCUGUGUGCAGACACACGCUGCCCCGGCCCUGAGGGCUCCGGUCCUCGAUGUGGGGACGCGGGCUCACGCUGCUGCUCCGUGCUGCGCCUGGAAAAUAUGGACAUCAGCUGCUCAGGCUACGUGCUCCCAGUGAAGGUGGUGGCCGAGUGUGGUUGUCGCAAGUGCCUGCCCCGUCGGGGGCUGGUGCGGGGGCACUUGGUGGCUGCAGACUCCGGGGAGCCCCUGCGCUUCGCCAGCAUCCUUCUAGGCCGUGCGCCCAUCGGCUUCACCUCCUACCAAGGCGACUUCACCAUCGAGGUACCGCCGGCCACCGAACGCCUGGUGGUGACCUUCGUGGACCCGCGUGGCGAUUUCGUGGACAGUGUCCGCGUGCUGCCCUUUGACCCUCGCGGCGCCGGCGUGUACCACGAGGUCCGCGCACUGCGCAAGGCAGCCACGGUGCUGCUGGACGCGGAACUUGGCGGUGCAAUCCCGCUAGGCGGCGGGGAGAAGGCUGGGGCGCCCGCGAUGGGCGAGCUGGUUUUGCCGCCCCGGGCCUUCCGCCACCCCGACGGCCGUCCGUACGCGGGUCCCGUGGAGGCGCGUAUUACCUUUGUGGACCCCCGAGACCUGGCAUCCGCAACCGCGGCGCCUAGCGACCUGCGCUUCGUGGACGGCUCGGGCGAGUUGGCACCGCUGCGCACCUACGGCAUGUUCUCCGUGGACCUGCGCGCGCCCGGCUACGCCGAGCAGCUGCACGCGGCGCAUGCGGCCGUCCGCGUGGCCGCCGAGCAUGUGCGCAUGCCGGGCCAUGCCGAGGCGCUAGCGCUGUGGUCCCUGGACCCCGAGACAGGCCUGUGGGAAGAAGAAGGGGAGCGGGAGGAGCGGGGAAGACGCUUCCGUCGCGAGCAGGUUGCGGCCGCGCGCGUGCGUAGGGAGGAGCGCGCAUUCCUUGUGGGCGCGCUCACCGUGCGCGAGCGCCGCCUGUUCAACCUGGACGUGCCGGAGCGGCGCCGCUGCUUCGUGAAGGUUCGCGCCUAUGGCACCGACCGCUUCGCGCCCGCCGAGCAGGUGCAGGGCGUGGUAGUGACGCUGCUCAACCUGGAGCCCGCGCCCGGCUUCGAAGCCAACCCACGUGCGUGGGGCCGCUUCGACAGUGCGGUCACGGGGCCCAACGGCGCGUGCGUGCCUGCCUUCUGCGACGCGGAGCGACCCGACGCCUACACGGCGCUGGUGACAGCGGUGCUGGGCGGUGAAGAGCUGGAGGCUGCGCCGUCGCGGCCACGAGCGAUCGCGGCCACCGUGGGCGUGACGCAGCCCUACCUGGAUCGCCUUGGCUACCGGCGCACUGAUCACGACGACCCCGCGUUCAAGCGCACUGGCUUCCGUGUGAAUCUGGCGCGGCCGCGCGUGGGCCGCGAGUCGGAGACGCGCGGGCCCGUGUACCCGUGGCGCCGCCUGCGCGACUGCGAGGACGCGCCGGUCACCGACAAUCACUUCCGCUUCUCGCGCGUGGAAGCCGACAAGUAUGAGUACGACGUGGUACCGUUCCGCGAGGGCGCGCCCGCCUCGUGGACCGGCGACCUGCUGGCCUGGUGGCCCAAUCCGCAGGAGUUCCGGGCGUGCUUCCUGAAGGUGCGACUGCAGGGCCCGCAGGAGUACGUGGUGCGCUCGCACAACGCGGGUGGCACCCACGCGGACACGCGCGGUCGCCUCUACGGGCUGCGCGACACCCGCAGCGUGCGCGACCCGGAGCACCCCGGAGCCUCCGCCGCUUGCGUGGAGUUCAAGUGCGGCGGCAUGCUGUUCGACCAGCGCCAGGUGGACAGGACGCUGGUGACCGUGACCCCACAGGGCAGCUGUCGCCGCGUGGCCGUCAACACGCUCCUGCAGGACUACUUGGCCCGGCACCCGCCCCCCGCGCCCGAGGAUGACUCUGCCGCCUUCACCAUGCUCGCCCCUCUGGACGCCCUGGGCCACAACUACGGCGUCUACACCGUCACGGACCAGAGCCCGCGGCUAGCCAAAGAAAUCGCCAUAGGCCGCUGCUUCGACGGCUCCUCAGACGGCUUCUCCCGGGAGAUGAAAGCAGACGCGGGUACAGCGGUCACUUUCCAGUGCCGGGAGCCCCCCGCCAGGCCGAGCCUCUUCCAGCGGCUUCUGGAGAAUCCUGCAUCCGCUCUGGGCGACAUCCGCAGAGAGAUGGGCCAGGCCACCCGGGAGGCCGGAGUUGCCCAAGCCCAGGCUGGGGACACAGGUGCCCUCGUUGUGCGCCCAGGACAGUGAUCUGACCCACGACCUCACUGCCCUGCCUCGCUUUGGAUUUAUAUUCUCUGGAAAUUCUCUGCCCCCUUGGUCCCCAGACACCCGCCAGGUCACCAGGUUCCUGGGGCUGCUUCCCUCCUGCCCCUGCCCAGAAUUUAGUCAAGGCAAAAACUGGGGCAUCUGGCAACAGCGUUGAGCAGGCAGCUGUGGCUCUGUGACUAGAGGCAGCGAGGGUCCAGCCGUGGGUGGAGCCGCGGUGGUUCAGCUGAGGCCUGGGCCUCAUUCCUGUCCAGUGCCAUAGGCUCCUAGGCCUUGUCCUUUUAUUUCAAAUAUCUCUCUUGUUCAUGAGCUUUGUGGGGUUCCCUGCCUGAGCCUUCGCGCUGAGGUUAUAUUUAUUGAAAUAAAACCCCAACAGGUGGCUGGUUGUAAGUGGGUGUGAGUAGGAGUCUAGUUUGGCCCCGUGGAAUACAGGGAAGGCUGGUCUUGGGGUCCCAUGUAGGGGAAACUGGGGCUGCAGGGAAAGAACUCCAUGGUGCUUGGGAAUGUCCUCAGGGGUUUGGGGCAGGUGCUAUGGGCUCAAUUAAAAAUGCUUUCUUUCCAA